AUGCCAGGCGCUGUUUCAGAAUUUAUUGACGAUAUUGAAGAUUUAAUAUCUUCACAAGAUAUAACACCCAAGGAAAGAUAUGCAAGUAGGAAAAAUGUGAGUGUACGGUCGAAGAAACGAGUGAACCAGGAAGUGGAGUCUGUGGAAAAGAUAGUGUUAGAAAGUGUUGUACCAGGAACCCAAACAAUAUACGUCAAGACAUGGGGAUGUGCACAUAAUAACUCAGAUUCAGAGUAUAUGGCCGGAUUAUUAGCAGCUCAUGGAUACAAGCUGACAGAAGACAAAUGGCAAGCACAACUUUGGCUCCUUAACUCUUGUACUGUAAAGAGUCCUGCAGAAGAUCACUUUAAGAACGAAAUUGAGCUUGGUCAAAGCCGUGGCAUACAUGUGGUAGUUGCAGGUUGUGUACCACAAGGAGCUCCAAGAGCAAAUUAUUUACAAGGACUCAGUGUUGUUGGUGUCCAACAGAUUGAUAGGAUUGUUGAAAUUGUUGAAGAAACUUUAAAAGGUCACACAGUUCGGCUGUUUGGUCAAAAGAAAACUGGAGAAGGUCGAAAAGCUGGAGGAGCUUCUCUUUUAUUGCCAAAAGUGAGAAAGAACCCUCUCAUAGAAAUAAUACCAAUCAACACAGGAUGCUUAAACCAAUGUACAUAUUGUAAAACAAAACAUGCAAGAGGUGAAUUAGGUAGCUAUCCUCCGGAAGAAAUAGUUGAGAGGGCCCGACAGUCAUUCAAAGAAGGAGUUUGUGAAAUAUGGUUGACUAGUGAAGAUACUGGAACUUAUGGCAGAGAUAUAGGCACAUCUCUACCAGAAUUACUGUGGAAGUUAGUGGACGUGAUACCUGAAGGUUGCCGACUAAGACUCGGUAUGACCAACCCUCCAUACAUACUGGAGCACUUAGAUGAAGUCGCUAAGAUUAUGCACCAUCCAAGAGUUUAUAAAUUCCUCCACGUGCCCGUGCAGGCGGGCAGCGACGCCGUGCUCGCCGAUAUGAAGCGCGAGUACACGAGGGCGGACUUCGAGCAAGUCGUGGAUUUCUUAAGGGACAGAGUCCCCGGCAUGACAAUAGCAACAGAUAUAAUCUGUGGCUUCCCAACCGAGACUGAGGAAGACUUUGAAGACACAAUGACCCUCUGCAAAAAGUACAAGUUUCCCUCGCUGUUCAUAAACCAGUUCUUCCCAAGACCAGGCACUCCAGCUGCUAAGAUGCCCCGAGUUCCUGCACAAGAAGUGAAGAAAAGAACGAAACAACUCUCAGAAUUUUUCAGAUCUUAUGAACCGUAUGGACAUAAAGUGAAUCAAAUUCAAGAAGUCCUAGUAACAGACAUAUCACACGAUAAAAACUAUUUUGUAGCACACAAUGAGUUUUACGAACAAGUUUUAGUGCCUAAAGAAGAAAAGUAUAUGGGGAAAAUGCUUACGGUGAAAAUUGUUAGUGCAUCCAAAUUUUCCAUGAUGGGAGAACCCGUAGACAAACCAAAAAUGCCAGGUUUGACGGAACCGUUGAAGAAGGGAGAGGUUUCAGGGUUAAGGAAAAAGAACAAACUGACCGUUCCAAUGCCAAUUGUUAUGUUGAUCUUGGCUGUGGUAAUGCGGCUCAUAUGGAUUUUCUUG